ACGACACCACAUCAUAUUAUAAAAAUAGUAGGUUUGUUUAAUGUUUGAUGAUAUGUGAUGUGUAUAUUUUGGUUUUGGUAGUUCCAAUGUCAGGUAAACAUUGACCAUCAUGGAAUGCGGAGAAGUUGUUUUGACCAUAUGAAAUUUUCAAAUAUUCUCGAAAAGAAUUUAAUCAAAAUGAAUUUCGAACUUUUCACAGUGGUGUAUUUCAUGUUGUGCGUAUCGCUGAUCUAUCCACCUGCUGAAUUUGUUAUGAUAGGGUUAACAAUUGAAAAUGCGUUUGGUCGAUUUUUAGGAAACCCUUUCGAUAAUUUUAUUUUGUACCAUGUCAGGAGGUCUAUGGCCUCGCUGAUGGCUUUUUCCCUUUUCCCUUUUGGCUAUAUUUUUGCUGUGAUUUACUACGAAUAUAUUACAGAGAACGAUAUUAACAUAUCAGAACUUUUAUCGAAUUGCAAAUUAUUUACGACAGUUGCAUUUAUAUUGCCCUCAUUGGCAUUUUACCAAAUUCAGAAGUGGCAGAAACACAACUUUGCUGAACAUCCCACUAUAAAAAAUCUGAGUAAAUACAUAAAUGAGGAACAUCCAACAUGGACACAGAUCGCUGGUGAAAUUAACGCAGAAUACAGAAGAGUUACAAAAGUAUUGCUUGAGGUAAAUCCAAUUACAUCAGUGGUUAUAACUGAUAAUUGGAUACUGAAAAUUGAUCUGUUUGAAACGCACAUAGCCAAAAUCAGUGAUACAGACAUGUUGGUGAGUGAAUCUAGAGAAUUUUCUGUUACUGAUGAUUUAGGAGACCAUCAGAUGUUGAAAGUUGAUUUUAACUCUGUCGAUGGAAAAUUUAAAAACUUUCAAAUCAACAUGUUUGUGAGUGGCCUUAGACAAGUUGAAUCCCAACUACAAAGACAGAUCAGAAUGGCUCCUGGGAUUACGGUGCACAGAACAGAAGCGGAAAUGUUUUUGGCCGCCUUUGCUAACGCCGUCAAGAAAAACCCUAAAUACACGGCCACGGAGGAGUCCGAGGAUCGUUGCAUAGGUUGCUUCCAAGCGGCGCCAAAUGUCAAGUUGAAUCGCAAUUGUAUCGAAGGAAACGUGGAGGGCGAUUGUGGGAUUUGUCGCUGCAGACCGAGCUGGUGCCUCUCGUGUUUAGGACAGUGGUUUUUAACGAGACAGGAUCCGCAACAAAGGAACAGGUGGUUGUCGAGCAAGUGUACUUGUCCGAUGUGCCGUGCGAAGUUUUGUCUUUUAGAUGUUUGCAUGUUGGCAGAUUCUUGAUAUAAAAUAUGUUGAUCAUUGGAACGUAACGUUUAAUUUCAUAUGUUAAAUGAUAAUUUU